CACAUCGAUUUGCUUCAGGGGUGAGCUCUUCCUACCGACCUUAAUUCCCUUCGCUCGCUCCUUCUCGCCAAUUUCGCCAUUCCCACACUCGUUUCCCCCCCAGGCUUCCAAACGUUCCGUGGUGUGCAGAGCCCGGAAGUCCGCCCAGCUGGAAGCUUGCUAAAAUCAAUAAUCCCUAAAAGAAAUAGAGGUGACAUCGCAGCAAACCCGACCCAGACAGCCCCUUCCCUGCGCCGCUGCCGUGCCCGCUCUCCCCAGCAGCGUCGACGUCAAAGCUUUUUCCGACAUCUUUUGAGAAAUACAGACAGACAGACAGACAGACGACCCUCUCACGAGCACGACGACGAUUCGACCACGUGCACCGGCCCGUCAAUAUCGUCCCGACCGACCGACCGACGCAAAAUCAUCAUUUUGGGACGGUCCCAGGCGACCCCAUCGCUCUCUUGACGGGAAAGGCGCACGCGCAAUCGCCUUUUAAUUCUCUCCAGGGACCAUCCCCGAAUCAUAUUUCCCCAACUGCGCUGCGCUCGUCACUUUCAACUCGCGACUUGAGAGACCAUAGAUGCCUUCCGGCUGGACACAAUGCCCUGGCAACCGCUGCCUCGCAUCGCCUUCGCCGUAGCGACCUACCCCUUCGCUGCCUCGAGUCCCGCCGACUUACCCCUCGAAUUGGGCGACGAGCUGUACAUCAUUGAAGAGACACCCGACGGUGAUUGGUUUCGCGGGUACCUGGUGUCACCACCGAGUCUGCUUGCCGGUUUAACAAGCGUAAAGGGCCACACCCUCGAGGCCCGCGUAUUCAGCGGCAUCUUUCCGCGGAGUUGUGUCGAAGUACGCGAAGUGCUCGGCGAGAGCGACGAAACAGACGACAAUGAGGCCGACAGCGAGGAUGGCGUCGCGACAGACCCCCUAUACAUAGGCAGCGAUUCUGCCAAGGGUGGAUUGGUUCCCAAUGGCGAGAAAAAGAGGAGGAAAGACAGGAAUAGGGGCCUGCAGAAGAAUGGGUUGCUUUCGGUGCCAGUGCGACGGGAUCCAAAUGCGCCUCGUCAGCCAGCCCCAGUACCAAUGCUCAAGAUUGGUGACGAGACGCCCACCUCAGCCUCGGAACCGCUCAUCGACGAGAUCGCGUCGUGCCUGCGAGAAUGGCACUCGACCAACCUCCACGAGCUACUCCUGACCCGUCAAUACGCCAAACUCGACAAUCUUUCACAGCUUAUAGUUACGCUGAACUUCUCGAGACAACAGUUUUUGCACGAUGUACUUACGACGUGGGAAUACGAAAAUCUGCGCGAGAAGACGGUUUGGGACUUGGUUCGGGUCAACAAGCUAUGCGGUGGGGAGGUUAUCGUGCGCGAUCCGCACGCCCGAGGGAGGGUAUUGACUGGAGACGAUUCGGUGGUAGAAAUAACGAGGUUGCAGUCCAUCAUGAGCCUGUUGGACGAGACACCCACGCCCCAGAUCGAACUGACGGCGCUCCACCACCUAAUGGUAGACAUCAAGGGGCUGGCAGGCGCAUCCACCGAGGCGACCACUCUGGUUUUGUAUCUGGCGACCAAGACGGGAGGCGGCAAGCUCACCACCAUAUCCGAAAGCUACAUCGUCGAAAUGCCUGGCGGUGGGCAGAUGGGCCAACUGACGAGAAACAACCAAAUGCGGACGCUUUUUGCUGAUCUUACUGCCGCUGAGAUUGGAGAUGUUUCGUCGAUAGAUUCCGAAUUGUUCCUCAUUGUCAAGAUUCGCGCGCCGCAACAGGUGGUUGCUGCUAAGCCUAGCUCUAGGUCUGGUUCGAUGUCGCAGAGCUUGCCACAAUUCUCCAAGGAUCCAACAAAACCACCAUUGUCUUCCGGGAACAAGUCAAUGCGCCGGAGCUUGAUGUGGGCGGGUAAGAGCACAAGGUCCGCAUUCUCCAGAGGCAACAAUAAGCUUGAUUCGCUAUCUGAGCAGCCGGAGGAAAUAGCAUCGCCCACCACAGCAGGGGCCGAGAGCAGAGAUGGCCAUCCGCCGAGCACAGCCAAUUCCAAGAACGGGCGGUCUUCCGUAGACGGAUACGUCACCCAGACUGCUGACAGGACAGUGGGUGUUGGCUUGCUCAGGCUGAACUCUACCAUGAAGCAGGAGGAUGAGGUGGAACAUAUCGUGACCCUGUGGGCCCCGUCUGCCCGGUUUGCGACAGAGCGUGGAGAUGGAGAGGAAUGGGACCCGGUAAUACGUGAGGUCCUGGAUAGCAAGCCCGGCUCUUAUGAGAAGUCGAGGAGAGCCGAGCGGCUCCAGGUACAUUUGCGUGCCUUCAAUAACCCGGAUGCGGAUGUGCUCAUCAAAGCCACCCCCACCGUGUUGGCGGGCAUCUGCAAAACUAACAAGAUGGGAUUCUCAGGGGCGCCAACAAAACCGAGGUCUGACAUCUAUUUAACAAUCGACGAGGCGGCCCUGACCCGCCAAACGCUAUUGUCUCGAUAUGGCGGCAGCCCGGCAUCCCUUCCGAGUAGUAUUCACGGGAACAAUCUGCAGCUCACACUCGAAGUGAGGAGGCACUCAGGCGAGCGCAUCGACAAUUGCAUAUUCCCGUCUUCCAAUACCGAGUGCAUCAGCACUUGGAAGACGGUUGCUGCCGAGCGUGGGGAGCCAUGGAAACAAACCAUCAAGCUGGUGAUCGCGCCAGCGGAUGUGCACCAAGCCCAUGUUGUCAUGCAGCUUGCGGAUGCACCCAACAGCGCCUUUGCAGUCGCAUACAUGCCCCUAUGGGAUCAGCAAGCCUUCAUCCACGAUGGUUCUCACUCUUUGGUUCUCUACCGGUUGGACGAAAACACCGUCUCUGCACAGCAAAAUGCGCAGGGCAAGGGCGGGUAUCUCAGCCUGCCGUUUGCUUUCAGGGGCAGGGAGGAGCACCAGGCAGAAGUGACCGGCCCAAUCGCCAUGGUUCGCGUGGAGACAUAUCUUUGCAGCACAAGGUUUUCCCAGGACAAGAUCAUGUUGAGACUACUGGGGUGGAAGGACUCUGCGCAGGAAGCAAUUCCUGAUCUUCUGAAGCAGUUCAUCUUUGUGGCCGAGAUUGAGGUUGUCAAGUUGCUCAACGAUGUUCUGGAUGCCUUGUUUGGAAUUCUCGUCGCCUACUCUGGUAACGAUGACUAUGAGGACCUCGUCUUCACCGCGCUGGUUAGGGUGCUCGACAUUGUACACGAUCGACGAUUCAACCUGUCUCCGUUGGUCGACCAGUAUGCUGAGAGCAAGUUCAACUAUCCGUUUGCGACGCCUUGCCUGGUCAGAUCGUUUACUCGACUUUUGUCCAAGCCAACUGAACCAGAAACGGCAAGGAAACUGCGCGCUACCUUCAAGGUGGCACGGCAUAUUCUCAAGUUCAUCACGCAUGCCCGCGGCCAGCAAAAGGUCAAGGAGGCCGGCAUUGGGAUCACCAGUACAAACCCCGGGUUCACGCGCCACCUUCGAAGCAUCUUCAAGGCCCUCGAUGCCAUGAUGCGGAGUACAGCACCGGUAUUGGUGGGAAGCCAGACGCUUGCUGUUCAGCAUUUUCACACUUGGCUCCCAGAGCUGGCUGGACUGUUGACCACGGAAGAGAUUCUCCAUAUUGCUAUUGACUUUAUGGAUUCUUGCUCCAUGGUCAAGGGCAAACUUGUCUUGUACAAGCUGGUUCUCAUCAUCAACUAUGCCAAGCUGGACAUCUUUUCUCACCCAGAACAACGGUCUGCCCUGAGCGCUAAUACCGUCAGGUGGAUUGCACCGCACUGGGGGUACACCGAUGAGGUUACCGAGCAAUGGAAGGAUCAGGUUCGGCUAUGCUGUUCCGUCCUCGCCAGCCAGGUUGAACACCUUGGCCCUGAAAUUCCCGACUACAUCCCCAAGAUCAUCCAGUCCUACCUCGCCCUCAACGCUAUUCCGAAGAAGCCAAAAGAUCGUCUAUCUCUGUUGUUCCCCACCUCAUACCCCUUCCCCAGCAAAGCGAUCACCGGAGAGGUGGUGUUUGACGAGGCGCUUAUCGAGCUAUCUGCCGUCUUGUCGGCGCUUUCUACUUCGCCAAGUGGAAUGCAGCUUGAGCUGGCAGAAGACGACCUCAAUAUCGUGGUGGAGAACUCGCUGCGGGUGCACAUGAGUAUCCUCCAGGGCGAGACGUUUCCUUCCAACUGGCUCAGCGUGCACAUCUUUCACCACAAGUCAACUAUGCGGACAUUGCAGUACCUCGCCAGCAUCCUGCUCGAGUCCUUCUUACCACAUCCUGAUGAGGCCGAGAACUUCAGCACCGAGCUGUGGAAGCUCUUCUUCACCACGCUCCUCAAACUGGUCGGCAGCCCAUCUCUUGCGCUCGAGACAUUUCCCGAGCAAAAGCGCCGGGCCGUAUGGAAGAUUGCCGGUGAUGUCCGGGAACACGGUGCCGAGCUCCUCCGCAGGACAUGGGAGGCCAUUGGCUGGGAGACGAGCCUUGAGGAGCGUGCUCGCUACGGUCUUUCCAAGAUGGGCGGUUAUCAAGUCCAGUACGUGCCGACAUUGGUUGGGCCCAUUGUUGAGCUUUGCUUGAGUGUCCACGAGGGGCUGCGACGCAUGGCUGUCGAGGUGCUUCAGACGAUGAUUGUCAGCGAGUGGACUCUGAGCGAGGACCUCAGCGUCAUACAAACGGAGAUGAUAGACUGUCUGGAUGUGUAUUUCAAGGAGAAGCCGCUGACGGAGAGCAUCUUGCAGAAGCUGUUUGUUGGAGAAUUACUAGAGCGGUUUGAGCCAUUGAGCAGGCUGAAAGACGAGCCACUCUACCAGGCUAUCAGAGAACUUAUGGGCACGGUGGACGACUUCUUGGAUCUUCUGGUUGCUGUCCACAGUGGUGAUGGAUCGGGCGAGGCAUCACACCUCAUCCACCGUUUGAGAUUGAUGGAAUUCCUCAGGGAUAUGCAGAAGGAGGAGAUAUUCAUCCGCUACGUUCACCAACUGGCGAACCUGCAGGCCGAGGCGAGGAAUCACGCUGAAGCCGGCCUGGCGCUGAGGCUACAUGCCGAUUUGUACGACUGGGACCCCCUUCGAACAACACCACCGCUGCCGGACCCCGAGUUCCCUGCGCAGACUCACUUUGAAAGAAAAGAGCGGAUCUACUUUGACAUGAUCAAGCACUUUGAGGACGGCGAAGCAUGGAGUAGCGCGUUGGCGGCAUACAAAGAGCUCCAGCAACAGUAUGAGACCAACAUCUUUGACUUUGCCAAGCUUGCCCGCACCGAAAGGGCCAUCGCCAACAUUUACGAGACCAUCGCCAAGAGCGACAGGCUGGUGCCCAAGUACUUCAAGGUCAUCUACAAGGGCUUGGGCUUCCCGGCUAAUGUCCGCGACAAGGAGUUUGUCUUUGAAGCCACCCCUGCCGAACGGACUGCCGGGUUUACCGACAGAAUGCAAGAGAUGUACCCAUCUGCUCAGAUUGUGCUUAGUGACCAGAUCGACGAUGUGGAGGGUCAGUUCUUGGUGGUCUCCGCACUGAGUCCUCACCGCGACCUGGGGCAUCAUGUCUUCCAGCGCGCCAGGGUUCCGCAGAUCAUCAGGGACUAUCUUGUCUCUGCUCACCCUCAAGAGUUUUCUGUUAGUAGCAGGAGGAACACCACCGGGCCUGUGGAGGAACACUGCGCCGAAAAGAUCAUCUACACGACUGCGGAGCCAUUCCCGACGAUUCUGAGGAGGAGUGAGAUUGUUGCCGUGCGUGAGGUCAGGUUAUCAGCCAGAGAGACUGCUCUGGAGAGAAUCGUGCGAAAGACGGCCGAGAUGUCUAUUCUAGAGCGCAAGAUAUCAGAAGGCGAAGGGGGCGACGAGGCUGUGCAACUGCUGUUUGAUGCUGUGGGCAUCAGCGUCAACCCAAAUUCCGAGAGCAGCGUGGUUUGCUACCGGGACUUGAUUCCCGGCAUGACCAGGCACGGGGCACAAUCACCUGCAAAGGACAGCGAGCUGGAUGAGGAGGAGUAUGAGCCGCCUGAGCUCAACCCUCAGGAGAAUGCCAUCAAGAUGGCGUUGGUUGAUCAUGCUAUCUUGCUCAAGAGGUGCUUGGCCACUCUCUCAAAGACUGGUGUUGAGGUUCUCACGCGACAUGUUGAGGAUCUUCAAAAGUACUUUGAGACGACAUAUGCCACAGAGAUCGCACUGUUCACGCCAGCUGCCCCGCCUGUUCGUGAGGCAAGCACUACGCCCUCACCAACAUGGCCGCGCUCCCCUCCAUCAACUGUCGGCGGUAUCCCUCACCUUUCCAAGCCCUCGAUCAGCGGCAUGUCUGCUAUCACCGGAGUAGAAGAGGCUGCCGUCAUCAGACCGGUAUCGAUCCGCCAAGGCCGCGGCGCCCGCCUAAGCUUCCUCGGUGGCCGCAAGAAGGAGCUUUCCAAGGAUGGCUCCCCACCAUUACCCACUAUCAACGGUGACGUGCAAGAGGACUCGCCCAAAGACAGCGCCGCCAACACCAAGGAAAACCGCCGCAGCUUCAUCUCGGGCUUUCGCACCCAAACUGUAGCCUCGAACGACGCCCGGCCUAGUCUUACGGUCCAGACCAACGGCAUGGACGGGGCCGGCUUCUCCAUCUCACCAGGUGGUAUCACGGGGGGCAGCCAUCUCACAACCGCGACGACGACAACCAAUAAUGACUGGGUGACGGACUCGGCCGGGGUCAGCUUCAUGGGCGGCCUGAGUGGUACCGCUACGGCGGUUGAAUCCCCGCAUGGCAACGGCGAAAAGACGCCUAGGGAGAGCACUAAUAGCAGCAGUACUAUGGGGGGGAGCGUGAGGAAGCGGCUGAGCUUGCUGAGGCUGGGGAAGAAGAGUAGUAAGGAUAAUGCCAAGCAGCAGGCGGGAGUGGUGGGGCUCGGGGGCGUUGAUGAGGAGUAGGCUGCCUGUCGGGUUCUGGCUUUGGGGGACAUUGCUGUGAAGGAGGAUCAUCUGAUGAUGCAGAGGAGAGGGUGGGUAUGAGCAAGCAUUGCAGGAAAGAUAAAAGGGGUGGUGGUGUGCUUGAUUCUUCGUUUGACAAGGACCUUUUUUUUUUGUUUAUUUUUCGUUUCUUUUGUGGAUUUUCUUUUUCAAGGUCAAUUCUUUCUUUUCAGUACAGACACUACCACGCUUUCUUUUUAUUGUGUGGUUUGUGGAGGAGGGGUUUUGUUUGGAUUAUUGCGAGAUUGGGGGAGGCAUAUACCAGUGCUUUUUUUUUCUUGUUCUUGUUUGUUUUUUAAUUCUACAGAUUUAUUAUUGCUGUUGUAUUGGGAACUUUUUUUGUAAAUAGGAGGAAGGGAAGGAGGGAGGGGAAGGGAAAGGGAAAGAAUGGUGUUCUGGAUAGCAUUCUUGUUGUUGUGCGUGGCAACAACUGUUGACAAGAUGAGUAGAAAUCUUGUUUAUUUCCUGUUCCUGUUACUUUUCGUUCGUUUCCAAUUUUUUCUUUUUUUCUGCAUGUGUUGUAUUUUUGUUGCAUUACUUGUUGUGUAUACCGCAAAAAGAAAGCGAGUGAGGUUGGAGAUGAAGGGAAGGGAGGAAGCACCAUGUAUUUUGUGUAUAUUUAUGUUGUCCUGUAUGUUUUACAUGUGUACACAGUGGUGGUGGUGGUGGUGGUGGUGUGUAGGUUUGACUGGCGAUGAGUUGUUGAGAGAAGAGGACCGAUUCACGUUGAGUUUACAGACAUUGAUCAAAAGACAUGUGUCGCACAGACACUCUAUUUAUCCUAUCUAUAUAAACCAGGGGAAAAACUGGUCUCUUUGGUGAGGGGAGCUAAAAUGUCAAGCCGGACGAGAACCGGCUAAAGUCUGAAGUGCCGGCUGGGGUUGGAUGCAACCUGGUCUGGACUAUGGUCGGUUGAGAUAAGCUUUUUCGCGGGUUGUGGGGGAAGGCUGGGAGAGGAAGUGCAUUUUUGGCGGGUGAUAUAGAAAGGUGAAGCGAAUGGGACGGUUGGCGGAGGGGGUUCCGUGGUGGGGAUGGAUUCUGUUUCUAGUUGGUAAAAGAAAAAGGCAAGGUGGAGUGAUGGUUGAGCAUCUGGAGAUCCGGGGGAAGGGUCUUUGGGUAGGUAGGUAGUGACCACAAGAUCGAAGGUGUAUCCUCCUCCUCUUGGAGUGGCCGUCAACAUGUAAACAGUGAUGAAGCUGGG